CGGUUGUGACAGGCCCUGGGAACAUCCGGCUUCCUCCCUUCACUCGAGCAAAAGCCGACGUGAUGUUCGGGGCUGGGGACGAGGAUGACACCGACUUCCUCUCUCCAAGCGGCGGUGCCAGGCUGGCUUCUCUUUUUGGACUGGAUCAAGCAACUACGGGCCAUGGAAAUGAAUUCUUCCAGUACACAGCCCCAAAGCAGCCUAAGAAAGGCCAGGGAAUAGCAGCAACAGGAAAUCAGACAGCACCCAAACCAGCAGCAGCCACUACAGGCAUUUCAUCUGUGCUGUUUGCGACUGCAGUGCAUGCAUACCGAUACAUAAAUGGUCAAUAUGCAAAGCAGGGCAAAUUCGGAGCUGCCGUCCUGGGGAACCACACGACCAGAGAGUAUAGGAUCCUUCUUUACAUCAGUCAGCAGCAGCCAGUGACUGUGGCUACAAUUCAUCUGAACUUUGAGCUAAUGGUUCGGUCCAAUAACUACUGCACCUUUUAUGAUGACCAGAGACAAAACUGGUCUAUCAUGUUUGAGUCAGAGAAGGCUGCUGUGGCGUUCAAUAAGCAGGUGUGUGUGGCCAAGUGCAAUAGCCAUUCUUCCUUGGAUGCAGUGCUAUGUCAGGAUCUGGUUGCAGCAGAGGGUCCUGCAGUAGACAUUGGAGAUUCUUUGGAAGUAACCUAUACAGGCUGGCUCCUUCAGAAUCAGGUGCUGGGCCAGGUUUUUGACUCUACUGCUAACAAAGAUAAACCACUUCGCCUGAAAUUGGGAUCAGGAAAAGUAGUCAAGGGCUUAGAGGAUGGACUAUUGGGCAUGAAGAAAGGAGGAAAACGGUUAAUUAUCAUUCCUUCAGCCUGUGCUGCUGGCUCUGAAGGAGUGAUAGGCUGGGCCCAGCCAACAGACUCAAUCUUGGUGUUUGAGGUAGAAGUUAGGCGGGUGAAGUUGGCUAGAGAUUUGGGCUCUGAUGGCCACAGUGUGAGCUCCAGGGACUCUGCAGCACCCUCCCCCAUACCUACUGCUGAUAGCCUCUCAGGUGACCCUGUUGUGACAUCACCCAUACCACUGCCUCUCAAAUCUGGGGAGCCAACUCUUCGUUCCAAAUCUAACUCUCUCAGUGAACAGCCUACUUUAAAUGCAAAUCCAGAUACGGUCAAGGCCAAGCUGAUCUCUAGGAUGGCUAAAAUGGGCCAGCCCAUGCUGCCCAUCCUUCCACCGCAGCUGGAUCCCAAUGACUCAGAAACGGAAGAUGCGACUGUUUUACGAGGAGCUGGGCAGUCCCUGGUGACACCAUCUGUCCAGCCUUCUCUUCAGCCAGCCCAUCCGGUGUUACCACAGAUGGCCUCACAGGCACCUCAACCAUCUGUUUCUGGGUUCCAAACACCCUCUGCUGCCUUGAUGCAAGUUACACCCCUUGAUUCACACUCAGCUGCAGCUGGAAAUGCUCAGAACUUUCAGCCCUGUGCAGGUGUGCAGGCCUACACAUAUCCCCAGGCAUGCUCAGUCACCUCGCAGCUGCAGCCUGUUCGGCCCUUGUACCCAGUGCCACUGCCCCAGGCUCCCCACUUUCAAGGAUCAGGUGACAUGACGUCCUUUCUCAUGACUGAAGCUCGGCAACACAACACUGAAAUUCGAAUGGCAGUCAGCAAAGUGGCUGAUAAAAUGGAUCAUCUCCUGACUAAGGUUGAAGAGUUACAGAGACAUAGCUCUGGCAAUCCUAUGCUUCUUCCUAACAUGUCGGUCACAAUGGAAACAAGCAUGAUUAUGAGCAACAUCCAGCGAAUCAUUCAGGAAAACGAGAGACUGAAGCAGGAGCUCCUUGAGAAAAGCAGUCGGAUAGAAGAGCAGAACGGCAAGAUUAGUGAACUCAUUGAGCGGAAUCAGAGGUAUGUUGAACAGAGUAACCUGAUGCUGGAGAAGAGGAGCAACUCACUUCAAACAGCCACAGAAAACACACAGGCAAGAGUAUUGCAUGCCGAACAAGAGAAGGUCAGGGUGACAGAGGAGUUAGCAGCAGCCACUGCACAGGUCUCUCACCUGCAGCUGAAAGUGACCGCUCACCAGAAGAAGGAGACAGAGCUGCAGGUGCAGCUGACAGAGAACUUGAGAAAGACAGAUCUUCUCAGGGGCCAGGUCACCAGGCUCCAGGCCGACCUCUCAGAGCUCCGAGAAGCCUCUGAGCAAACACAGUCCAAAUUCAAAAGUGAGAAGCAGAGCCGGAGACAGCUGGAGCUCAAGGUGACAUCCCUGGAGGAAGAAUUGACUGACCUCCGAGCUGAGAAGGAGUCCCUGGAAAAGAGCCUCUCAGAGAGGAAAAAGAAAUCAGCUCAAGAGCGCUGCCAGGCAGAGGAGGAGAUGGACGAGAUUCGCAAGUCACACCAGGAGGAACUGGACAGACUUCGGCAGCUCUUGAAGAAGUCUCGAGUGUCCACAGACCAAGCAGCUGCAGAGCAGCUGUCUCUCACACAAGCUGAGCUGCAGAGCCAGUGGGAAGCAAAGUGUGAGCAUCUCUUGGCCUCUGCAAAGGAUGAGCAUCUGCAGCAGUACCAGGAGGUUUGCGCACAGAGGGAUGCCCACCAGCAGAAGCUGUCCCACCUUCAAGAUGAGGUAGUUCUUUCCCUGGGUCGGCUCACACCAGGCCACCAGGCUGUAUUAGCAGCCAGAAAACACAGCCAGGCUUGUUGCUCAGCUCUCCAGGCACAGGUUGCAGCCUUCACUGCAGAGAAGGAGCAACUGAAGAAGAAUACGUCUCAGGCACCUAUGGUCAGAGCUGCUACUGACCCCUCAGAGAAGGUCAAGAAGAUCAUGAACCAGGUGUUCCAGUCACUGAGGGGAGAGUUUGAGCUGGAGGACUCUUAUGAUGGCAGAACCAUCCUUAGGACCAUCAUGCAUACAAUUAAGGUGGUGACUCUGCAGCUGUUGGACCAGCAGGAGGAGGAGCAAGGAGAGCGCAGCAGUGACAGUGCAGAAGAGAAGCCGUUGAGGUCUUCCCUGGAGCAGCCAGGUUCUGCCGGGCUGUCGCCAGCACCCCUGAGUGGGGAGAUGAAGGAGGCUCCCAAGGUGCUAUCAGAACAAGUAGUAGUAGGGGAGACCACCCCACUGCCUCCACAGGCCCUCCCCAUGCCACAGAAUGGUACACAGACAAGGAAAGAGGACUCUUCAGAAGGAGAGAUACCCUCAGAAACGAAAGACAGUUCCCUCCCAUCUGAGCCAGCUGGCAUCUCAUGGCCCAGAGUCCUGGGCCCCCCAACUUCAAUCCCACCUAAACCUCCAGGACCUAUAACUAUGGACUCUGAGUGUGAAGAACUACUUGCUGAUGACCAGAGAGCAGUGCAGUCCAACAACAAAUUGGGAGGAAAACAUGUUGGGGAAGUAGCCCCAGAUGGCCCACUGACUCUAGACCCUGAGAAGAGGGAGCUACCAGCCUUAGACCCUGAAAACCCAGGAGGAGAACCUCAGCUUCCUGAGCACAAAGAAGUUGAGGAUGUCAGUAGCUCUGGUCCCCCUGAGGCAUUGCUGGAUAAAGAGCUUGCUUCUGCAGCUUCAAGAGCAUCCCUCAGUCAAAACCAGGAGGACCCCCAGCACUGCAGUCUCUCUGGGGAUGAAGAGGAUGAACUGUUUAAAGGGGCAACUCUGAAAGUUCCAAGGCCCAAAGUCCAGACUGAGGAAGAGGAUGAAGACGAGGUGAGCAUGAAGGGGCGCCCGCCCCCAACACCCCUUUUUGGAGAUGAUGAUGAUGACGAUGACUGGCUGGGGUGAAGACCUAGGAAACAGGCAUGCAGGUUUCUCUCCCAGCCCUUUCCAAAGCAUGAUUUUGCACAGCUGGCCUCAGAUCGAGGCAAGCUUCAGGGUGAGGUCCUGGUAGACAUUCUGAGGACAGUGGUUCAGACGUUGGGUUAGCUGUCAUCUGAGCCCCUGCCUGACCUGGUGAAGAGGACCAUGAGCCUGUCUGCAGAACUGGUGGUGUACGAGCCGUCAGUGAGUGUCUCUACCGUGGAGGAAGGGCUAGGAGGGUCACCUGCAGCCAUUCAUUCUCAAGUUGACCCAUGACCCUCCUGCUCUCCCAGGGCUCACCAGAGCUGCAGCAACAGGCCGUGUAGUCUGGGGAGGGGUCUCCUCGGAGAAUUGAGAGAUCAUGCUGGCCUGGCCUGUGGCUCUGGGACAUGUAUCUUCUAUCUCUGCCUUAAAUCUUAGAGGUCAAUAAGUAUUUGGAAUUAACAAGAUUAAAAUAAAUGCCUACAAUAAAACUUGGCCUGGACCCUUUAGGAGAAACUGAGUUUGGUUUCUAGGGCUAUCAUGCUCUUUCUUGGGAUCCUAAGGAUGGGAGUUGUAACUUGGUGAGUUAAUGUGCAUAAAAACACUGUGACAUAUUUCUGUUGGCACUGACCUUGCAGUUCCAGCUCACAACAGCUGCAGAAGGCUGAGGGCAUUGUAGCUGUAUGAGGACUUUAUCCACCCUAUGCUGAUAUCUGUGGGCUCUACAGCAGGCUAAGAAGCCAUUCAGGGAAGAGAAGCAGGGGUCUGUAAUACCCACUGUUUACGAUACCUGAGGGGUUCUGUGAACCCCAGGGGCCAACACUACUGCAAAGAGGAGCAGUGAGAAAAUACAUGUAGCCUUUUACUAUUCUAGAAUCUUCUAAAGGCCAUGCAGCCAAUCUCCAAAAUUUAAGAAAAAAAAAAUGUUCCAUGAUUUUAAAUGUUUUUAAGAUUGUAUCCUGAAUUUUAUUGCAUUUUGCAGGUUUUGUGCUUGACUCCCAGAUUUUGGCCUAGGAAACCUCAAGAAAGACUGUAUUAAACAGUUAUUUAAACAAGUUACUUCAAGCUCUAA